AUGCGUUAUUAUAUUCUAAUGGAAACACAUGGAGAUACUCUUCAGUGUCUCAUAACUGAGCUGCUGGAGGUGGCUGAUAACCUGGACUGGGUGUUUAAAGGUGCAAAGAUAGCAGGCAUCACUGGGGGUACAGUAGGUGCAGGCGGAGUGGCGGCCGCAGUGGGAGGGGUACUACUUGCUCCAAUGACUAUGGGUGCUUCGUUAGCAGUGGCCGCAGUUGGGGUUGGUGUAGCGGCUGCAGGAGGGGUCACGGCAGCUUCGGCCACCAUCACCAAUAAGGUCCACAACAACAUGGACAGAAAGAGGGUGGAGAAAAUCCUUAAUGACUACACAAACCAGAUGAAGGAUAUUGAGAGCUGUGUGCAGGUUAUCAACACAGGUAUGGAGCAUCUGAGGAGUCAUGACCUGUCCGAGUUUCAUGGGAUGGACAGUGAGGGGGUGAAGGUGGCGAAAGUGGCCCAGGUGGCUGGAGGCAGUGCUGGAGCGAUCAGUGCCAUCGGCAGGUCCUCAGGUCUCAUUCAAGGCUUCGCGCUGGGCAUGGACAUGUACUUCAUCAAAAACGACACCCAGAAGCUGAAGAAAGGUUCAGAAACUAAAUUUGCCAAGCAAAUCCGUGAGGUGGCCCAGCAGAUGCAAGACAGCCUUGACGAGCUAAUGAGGGUUAAGACAGUGCUGGCAUUAGCAGACAUAUAGAACAUAUACAUCAUAUGGGUAUAUAGUUUAUAGCUGGGU